CACUUCUGUUGGAUCAAUAUAUUUGUUGUAGUUUUUGAGCUGCUGGGGAAAGGCCAGGCAGAGACUAAAACAACGUCUGUCACUGCCUCCUGGAACGCCUGAAACAUGGCUCACCUCCAGGGUGUGCAGAAGAAGACCAGCACCAUGUCCCUGACCAUCUCCUCUUCCUCCUCUGCCACCUCUUCCUCUCGAGAGCUCUCCUCCUCCUCUUCCGCCCUGCUCGCUCAGAAACACUCCGGCCUGGUGCAGCCGCUGCUUGUCAGCCCUCCGACCACUCAGAGUCCCAUCUUCAAUCAGCAGUACCCAGGGACUGGAGAGGCCCCUACUUUUGUUAAAGGCCUCCAUGAUAUGUCCACAGUGAAUGGGCAGCUGGUGGUCAUGGAGUGCAGACUGAGGGGAACUCCACCUCUGCAGGUCAUGUGGUACAGGGAGGACGAGCAAGUACUGGACUCGGAUGAUUUCAGGAUACUGCGCAAGAAAGCCAGCUCUGCAUCAGUGCCAGAGGAGCUGUGCACACUGGUGAUCACAGAGGCCUUUCCAGAAGACUCCGGCAUUUUUAAAUGUGUCGUAAUCAACCCCUUCGGCACGGUCUCCUGCUCUGCAAUCUUAGAAGUUUACAAUGACCUGGAGGAGCAGCUGGAGGUGGAGGCUGCUAAUCAGCAGGUAGCAGUUUCUCUCCGACAGGAACAGGAAGCCAUGUUUCAUCAGGAAACUUCCUCCUUCGGAGAGAACAGCGACGGCUUUCCAUCAGAACUUCCUGACUCAAUGACCCUCCCCCCACCUGAGUGGCCUGAAAGCCCGCUAGAAGAUAACUUCCCAGAUGCAGAUUUUCCAGAGCCUCAUCCGGCGUACUACUCCUCUGAGGAACCGUUUGGUCGCAGCGAGGAGAGUGCCCUGAGCUCAGAGGGCCAAAGGUCACCAGGGGUCACUGUCCGUGCCUGUACGCCCAGCCCUCCCCCUCCACCUUCACCCCCACCACCAGUCAGCGAGAAAACAGCAACACCGAAGCUGUUCACCCCAAGCAAGCUCAAUUUUACUUCUUCCCAGCCUGCAGGCAACAGUGCGAACAUGUCAGACCUGCCGAGCUUCACUCCCAGCGCCUUCCCUCCCAGUGCCUUUAACUACGCGCGGCCGAGGCAUUUCAUCCAAUCACAGGCGGCCUUUCAAGCGCCCAGCUACGAGAGCGUUUUGCAAGAGGCCCAGGAGAACCAAAACCACUCUCAACAGAACCUCAUCAGCUCCCAACAUGUCACAAAAACACAGAGCCAAGCUAAAGUGAUGUCUGCACAAAGUCAGUCUUUCUCUCAAUCUCAGUCCGUGUCCAAGUCCCUGUCGCAGACGCAGUCACAGUUUCAGUCACUCGGCCUCAGUCAGAACCAAGCCCAGUCUGUGGCUCAGACUCAGGCCCUAACCCAGGUUCAUACCGGUGCCCAGGCUCAGUUGCAAACCCAAACCGAGGCCCAUACCCGUGCCCAGGCUCAGUUGCAAACCCAAACCGAGGCCCACACCCAGGCCCACACCCAGGCCCGCACCCAGGCCCACACCCAGGCCCACACCCAGGCCCAGUCUGUGAUACAAACACAAAACCACACCCAGGCCCACACCCAGGCCCAAACCCAGGUUCAUACUCAGGCCCAGGUCCAGAUCCAGUCCCAGGCCAAUGGCACCAGCAAGUCCUCUCCAUCCUCUUCAAGUCUCAGCUCCCCUAUCUCCCCCCCGGCCUCCUCUGCUGCACCUCCUCAUUCCUUCACCCCCCCCAUGCUCAGUCCAUCUGCUGCUCCCGCCUCCUCCUCCACCCCUUUCCCCGCCCCUGCCUCCUCCUCCGCUUUCCCCACCUCCUCCUCUGUCCCCCGCACCACCAUGCGUUCCACCAUCACCCUCACCCCUAGCAUCCCCAGUGCGACCGGCCUGGGCAGUGCCACCCUUCCCGCCAACCAGGACUCCAUGUCGGCCCCGGCCGCGUACCUCUGCUCCGUGCUGCCGUCCCCCUCUGCCUUCUCCCCUUUCUCCUCCUCCAAGCUGUCCCCCAAUUCCAACCUCCCCUACCCCUCCAUCUCCCCCUCACGCUCCCCGCUCUCCCCCUCCAGCCCUCUCCUACCCAUGAGAGCCUCCUCCUUUCCAUCCCCCCUCCCUCAGCAGCAUCUCCCAGUGUCACCCUCCCUCCCUCACUCCCCUAACUCUCCCUCCUCCUCCUCCUCCUCUUUCCCACAACCCAACACUCCCAACGGUCAGAGCAGAAUCCCCCCCGCUGUGGUCUCCCUGCCCGCCAGCUACAAGGCAGCGCCAAGCACCCUUCCAAAGCCCAUCCUGAAGAAGGCUGUGGCUCCGCGGCCCUCUUCCUCUCGCUCCACAGAUGAAGACAUCCAGGGCUCCAAAGACGCCCUCAUCCAGGAUCUGGAGAAAAAGCUCCGCUCCAAGGAGGCCAGGAGGAGAAGCAGCCAGAAACUGUCCUAUGAGGAGCGUAUGGCUCGUAGGCUGCUGGGUCCAGACAACGCCAACUACAUGUUUGACCAAGACGGUCUCUCAGACUCACAACUGGACCAGCCAGAAUCACCAGAAGGGAGACACACAGGAGGAUUAUGGGGGAGGCGCCACACAGGGACGGAUGAGAGGGGGAAUGAGGGCUCAGCUAUCCAGGAGAAAUCGUACGCUCCUCGCUUCCUGCAGAUCCCUCCAGACCUCACAGUGGAGGAGGGGCGCUUCUGCAGGAUCGACUUCAAGGUGGGAGGCCUCCCUACUCCAGAUUUGUGCUGGUACCUGGACGGUAAAGCCAUUCGCCCGGACGACUACCACAAGAUGUUGGUUUGUGAGAAAGGGAUGCACUCGUUCAUCAUAGAGAUCGUCACAGUGCACCACGCCGGGGUGUACGAGUGUGUGGCCCGGAACCGAGCGGGGGAGAGCAGGUUCACCAUGAGGCUCGAUGUGUUAGCCCAGGAGGCUCUCCGCCCCCCCACCUUUGUCCAGAAGAUGUUGAACUCCAGAGCUCUAGAGGGAGACACCGUGAGGUUAGAGUGUAAGGUGGACGCUUCCCCUCCUCCGCAGCUCUUCUGGAAGAAAGAUAAAGACAUGCUGCGGAUCGACCCAAGCAGAAUGAGUCUGUAUCAGGACGGUUCGGGCCGGCAGUGCUUGUUGAUAGAGAGGUUGAUGAAGUCCGAUGCCGGCUGGUACACUCUCUCUGCCAUCAACGAAGCCGGCAUGUCCACAUGCAACGCCAGGCUGGAUGUCGGCACUCGCACAGCCCCAAAAACAGCGCCCCCUGGCUCCAAGACGCUGAAGCUGCUGUCAUCGCUAAAACACGUGCCUUCUCUGACUGUGGAGACCCCCGCCCAGCACACCGCCCCUCUGUACGAGAGUGAAGAGCUGUAGAGCGUCAAGAAAAUCACAUCCUCACAUAACACAAUUCUGAAGUGUAAAAACUGGGCCUGCAUGUCACGCCAGAGGUUGUACUAAAAAUGCUUUGGUUCAGAUGUACAGCAGUGCAGCAGACCAAAAACACUGUGAGGCCAUUUUCACUGAUAAACUCUAUAGGUUUACUCUACAUUUCUUCAACAAAUAAAGUAGUGUGUUGGCCCAAUGUUCAAGAUCAAGGCAAAAUCUGUCAUUAAAUGCAAAAUGUGCCAUCUAAACCACAACUCUAACCAAAAGGAGCAUUUGGUAGCUGCUUUGAUUGAGAUGUUUCCAUACUCAUUUGCCUUCUGAGUUAAAAUAAGCACACCUCAUACUGUCCACCUGCUGCCGUUUGUCCCACUGUGCCCGUCCUCUUCUGCAGACCUGAUGUUUGAUACAUGCCUAUAAGCCUCUCCUCAUCUGCCUGUCUGUCCCACUGUCAGCUAAAUGGUGCCUUCAGGUCAUGGCUGUAUUAAUAGACCUGGAUAGCGCGCUACAGACUGCACUUUAAUCCUGACAACUGUCAGCUUGUGCCUCAAUUUUGUAUUUGAGCCUUCCAAAGUCUCUGAAUCACAGCUUCUGAGGAUGUGCGUCCAUAAAGAUCCUUUAGUGAGGAGAUCCAAGAGCUUUGCUGUGGUAUAAAUGCGGCCUAAUGUGUUUUCAAAGUUGUUUAACGAUAUACGGUGUAUGUGAAUGAAGCUAUUUAUUUGAAGGUUAUUAGUUCUCAGUGUUGCCCCCUCUCUUGGCCUGAGGUGUUUCAUGGCUGCCAUGCUGAUACCCAGCCUGAACAUAAAACCUGAUCUGCACUCAUAAGAACACUGACAACUAACUUAAUAAAGUUUACAUUUGAUCACAUCUGCAGUGCGGAUUACAUGUUUUUACUUAAGAGAAUAUCAGUACAUUUUCAUCUUCAAUGCAAUAAUGCUGUUCAGUUAAAACAUAGGUAUCAGUAUGUCAGCCAAACUCUACAUUUCUGACCAGUGCCUUACAUAUAGAAAAGCUUGAUCCGUCUGCAUACUUUAAAACUUUUGUUACUGCCAGCCAUGAAGUCAUUUCACAAAAGAAAUGUUUAUUAGGCUGGAUAUGCAUGCAAAGAAGGAAUUCUGAUAUUUAACCCUGCGUGGCCACAAGCUGCCUCAAAUGAAGUAUUUUUACAACGUAUCAAACAGGGUUAAACGUUGGAUUUGCUUAAAGAAGAAUAUCUGUGUAAGUUAGGCCUUUCUGUGAGAUUUUAAACUGCAGGUAGUAGAGUGUUGUAUUGUUUGUUGUGUAAGUUCUACAUAUCACUGGAUGAAUGAUGAAUAAAGUUUAUGUGACCUUG